AUGACCGCACUAACGUCAAGCGAACGACUCCCGCGUCGCCAGCGUCUAGCUCUGUGCGGCUUUGAGAUGAAAGCAGCCAGACCCGUGUCCCUGUACAUGGUUCACGAGGGCUUUGACGAGCGCACCUACUGCGACGACAUUGCGCUGGCGCGCACUCAGGAGGAGCUACCCUUGGGGAGAACUGUCAAACGAGUCAUCAUAAACAGGAAAUUUCCGCGCGGGGCGCAGCUGCAGCUUGCUGGUUGGGGACUUGAUGAUGUCCGGGACGGCCGGUACCUGGAAACAAGCAGGCUGCAAUGGCUGCAGCAGUCGUUUAAGCCCGAGCAGGCUUGUAAGAUGUACGCGCUCUCCCCUGGCAUGAUGUGCGUGGAGAGCGACAUUAAUAAACGCCCAAGUCUGGGCGACUCUGGUGGCGGUUUGAUAGCCAACUUCGUGCAGCAGAUCGGAGUGUUGUCCUUCCGGCACCGCGGGCUCAUGCACAUAAUCAUCUACAUGAACGUCUCCUACUACUACGACUGGAUACAACGGGGCGCGAGACAACUGAUUUGCACAAAAGUAUGAAGGAGGUCUAAAUGUGCGUCCAGGGCUAUAACCGAGAAGAUCGAAGUUCGCAAAUUGCGGGCACCUUUCUCUGUCACUCUAAUUACGCCUUCAUUGGAAUAAAAGAUAAAAAUCCCCGCAAAUUGCGAGUUUCUCUGAUCUAGGGAAUGCGUCUCGAGUGCGCACGCUUGAUUGCGUCAGCUUGCGCGCUAAAUUAGAGCAACUCAUGGAAGUCACAUGCAUAAAACACGCAAUCUACGGCAAACUUACGUGCGCUCACGCGGCGCAUUCACUAAUUAGGACGCACCCUAUCAAGCGGAUGUCAUGGAUAUCGUAGGUUGAUAGUUUUGUUUAACUAUAUUUACUAUAAUUUUUAUCCUUAGCAUUCUGGUGAUAGUUAAGAAUACUUGCUAUACGCUUUAUAGGGUGCCAUGUGAUUCUAUGUUUUUAUUUACCAAC